UGCCCGGCCACCAAGCCGGCAUAACUGCUUCGAUCGGUCGGUUCGCGUGUGGUUCUCCACCACGCAUUGCGUCACGCAGCCAGUCGUCGGCGACGCGCGCCCGUCUCGCCAGAGCUCGGUGGAAAACGUUCUCCUGAAGCGGCCGACGCGCCGCUCGGGGUGCGCACGAAAUACGGUGUACGGUGCGGGGGCGCACGAGCGAGUCGGGGGUGCACGGAGCGCAGUGUGCUCGCGAGGGUUGCCUGGCUGCACAGGCACGCCAGUGCAGCCGCCGGUUUACCGCCAGGCAGGGUAGUCGUGCGGCUCGACGAUGCGUCCAGCUGGGCUCAACUGAGCGCACACCGCCCCCUUGCUCCUUUUUCUUUCAUCCUGUCCGCGACUUGUCUUCGAGGGUUGAGGCAGGACGACAAAGAUGCCAGCAGCUGGUGCGGCCGUGCCGGCCGUCGCCGAGGGAGCCGAUCAGCUGGAGGACCUGGACGAGCCACCGGAAGAGCCACGUGUUCGUGUUGGUAGCGGACGGGCCGGCUUGAUGAAACCCCUGGUGGUGUUAGCUCUACCCGGGAUGUACCUCUUUUACAAGUACAGCCAGUACAGGCGGGAACAGCGCGAGUUAUCCCGCAGAAGAGUAACCGAGAGGGAGCUUCAACAUCUUCACCACAAAAUCGACAAGUUGCUGACCAAAUUAGAGGAGAACGAACCAGAGUUGGCAUCUUCGCAGGAAGAUGAGUGCGUUAUAUGUGUGAAUGCGAGGGCGACGAUGCAAACUGCACCGUGUGGACAUCGAGUGGUGUGCAGACGCUGCUUCGUCAAGACGAUACAAAUGGCGGUGUCUCAGAGGCUCUUGCCGUUGAGAUGCGUUAUAUGCAGAGCGAAGAUUCUACGGCUGAAACAGACUCUCAUUCCGCGUGACUAUUCGAUGUCGGGUAAAUCCUGGGUACUCCCGCAAAGUGCGUCGGAGUACAGCAUGGGCACAAGCGUUACAGCCGGCGUGUCCGGGCCUGGUGGCAGAUGGGGAACCGGGAGCGUACCAGCCUCUGCUUCCUUGUACUCGAUGGCCAGCGGUUCGUCCUCCAUUUCUGGAGUGUCUUCCGUCUCUUCGGCAACUUCCUCGUCCGCGCAUAGCACCGGAAGUUCUCUCGGCAAACCAACGAGGGUACGGCAACCCACAGGCGCCACUCUCAGACGUUCCCAGGCGCAAUCGAUGAAAAUGCGAAUUCAGGAGUACCAAGAUCCGCUUCAAAUCACUGAAGAAGAGGAGAUCUUGCGGGACAACCGAGAACGUCGAUUGCCACCAAUCAAAGAGUUCCAGAGGGACUACCGUGCUGGCAAAGCCUCCACUAGAAUCAGAUGCGCUCAAAAGAUCGUAACGCAGCUGGAAACAUCGCCGAGCCCAAGAGGCACAUCCGCCAUCACAACAUCGACGUCGUCGGCAUCGUCGUGCGGCCGCGCCGCGCCUAAGCGACCGGCGGCGGCGCCGAAGAUGUCGGUGGUCCAGGAAGUGCAGAAGUCGAAGAAGGAGAAAGAGCGGGAGAAGGAGCGAGAAAAGGCGGAGAAGGCGCGGCAGAAGGAGGAAGAGAAGGCAGAAAAGACUAGGCAAAAGGAGGCGAAAAAGCUGGCGAAAGAAGAGAAGAAAAGAGCGAAGAAAGAAGCGAAAGCACGGCGAAAGGAAUCUGAGGAGGCCCCUCUCUUGAGGGACGAGAAGUAAGGUCUGACUGAUCGUAUUAAAAUCUCGAGGAAGAUUUCGAGACAUCGAUCGCUGUGAUACAGAUAUCCUGAAGAGUUCUCGACGACUGACGGCAUUUUGUGAUAUCCUGUAUCCACAGAGGGUCGAUAAUAUACAUAGGAUGAGUUACGGACGUUCGUGUAAUUACGAAGACAAAUGGAGCACCGUAAAUGACAUCGCUCUGAUGCCUCUUGAAAAUUCCAGCAGCCAGCUAUCGACUAAUGAACAUGGCCUAGCGCGAAAACGGUUCUCCAAGAAACGAAUACUUGGCGCGAUUGUAGAGGUCCCGUUUGUUAAUAAAUCCAACACGCGUAUGGUUCCUUAAUUUCUUUAGCGAAGCUAUAACAGCUAACGCCAAGAAGUCGUUUUGAACAGUUCGUAACUCAUCCUGAUUUUCUCGUCAUCUUAAAAGAUAAGUUCGCGAGAAGGCGAUGAGAAGAA